AUGUCUGCUGGAUUCGAGGACCCCUUCUCAAGCCUGCCCGCCGCCGUCAUCGGCCACAUCCUCGGGCUCGGCGACGCUCGCACCGUCUGCAUGUGCGCGAGCGCGAGCGCGACUCUCGCCGCCGCCGUCGAGGAGGCGGACGCGCCCAUCUUUGCGUCGCUGGUGCAGCGGCGGUAUGGCCACCUCGAGGGGCCGGCGGCGCGGGGGUGCGUCCUGCUGAUCGACGACGCGAUCUACGACGUGACCGCCUUCGCGCCCCUCCACCCUGGCAUGGCCGCCUCCCUCCACCUCUUUAGCGGUUCGGACGCGACCGAGCCCUUCCACGACGCGCCAAACGAGCUCGCUGCCCGGUGGCUCUCGCGGGGCGCGAAGCCGCUGGUGCCGCUCGCAGCGCGGCUGGCGCUGCUGGGCAGCAGCGUGCUCCAGAUGCUGCGCCCGCCCGCCGACGGCAGCGCCGGCCACCGGCGGCACCACGCGCUCUUCGAGGCGGGGCUGUACAGCUGCAGUCCGCGCGAGGAGGCGGAGGACGACCCCGCCGACGAGACACACUGGGGGGACAACUUCGACGCGGCGGCGGCGCGCGUGGCGGCGCUGCUCUGGCCGCACGCUGUCGGUGGCGAGGCGGCGGGCGCCCCGUGA